CGAUAUCUUGGCCUUUCUGCUACAAGGAUUAAAAGGCUGCCAGAAUCUUUGUGCAACCUGUAUAACUUGCAGACGCUUGACCUCCAAUUUUGCAACAGCCUUGUGGAGUUGCCAAGAGAUAUCAAGCAUUUGGUUAACCUGCGUCACCUUGUAAUCCACAAUAAAUUUACUGCUCCAAGUUUUGUGAGCUUUUUUUUUCCGGGGUGGGAAACUUAUGUUACCACCAGGCAUCGGAAGACUAACUAGACUCCAGACGCUACCACUGUUCGCUGCGAGCGGAGAGGAAAGAUAUGCUGGGAUCGCAGAACUGAAGGACUUGAAUGAUCUCCAAGGAAAGCUUUCCAUAGUGGAUCUCCAUACCAUAACACAUGACCGCAUUGGUGAAGCCAAGGAGGCAAAACUAAGGCUCAAGCAACGCCUCAGCUGGUUGGUUCUAAAAUGGGACAAUUCUAUGAGUUUCAUUGGCUCAAGGAAUGAGGAUGAUGAGGUGGUGCUGGAAAGUCUCCAGCCUCACACCACCAUCCAGCGCCUCGAGAUAGAAGGAUACAAGUGGUGCAGAUUUCCCACCUGGUUGAGGAGUCCUUCCUUCUCAAAUGUAGUAGAUAUACAGCUUUCAUAUUGUGUCAGCUUGGAGCAGCUCCCAGCUCUUGGCCAGCUUCCAUCCCUCAAGGUUCUCGAAGUGUUCAGCAUGCAGAGUUUGCGACGAAUAGGCCAUGAGUUCUAUGGCGGCACAAAGGUGACAUUCCCCUCACUCCAAAGACUACUACUCAAAAUGUUGCCAAAAUGGGAAGAAUGGUUGCAUGUACCAGAAGAGGGACAUGGAUUUCCUUGCCUUCAGGAUCUUGCAAUCUUGAAAUGUCCAAAAAUUGCGUCGCUGUCUUUGUUCGGCUUUACUGCACUGAAGAAGCUGCAGAUAGAUCAGUGCGAAAAGCUUGCAGUGAUUAAUGGUUUAGAUAAGUGUUGGUCAGUGUUGAAACAGAAGCAUGACCAGCCACAUUCAGAAUCUUUAAGAUGUGGAACAUGUCCAGACCUUGAAUAUUUGGUGGAGCGACGGUUACCGAUGGCACUUGAGACUCUGGAUAUUACUGGAUGCCCAUCAUUCACCAUGUCGUGAAUUAGUUAUGCUAAAGAGCUAUCAAAAUCCUCAUGACUUAGGUAAUGCAUGUUAUCUAUUGUAAAUUUCCUCCAUCCUUUGUUGGGUCUUCAUAUCCUUUUUUUGUGCGGAAACUGAGUCUUGCUGUUAGGUCAAUCAAGAGCUAAACACAAUUGCACAGUAAAUAGAAUUCUCUUUGGGUGAGAAGGAGCCACAAGUAGUUUGGAUAAAAUGCUUGAUGAUUUUAUUGAUAUUCGUGGCUUCUUAAAUAGGCAAAUGACUAAUAAAUCCCACGUACAUAUUGUUGUUGUAAACUAAAGGUCCCUAUCUUGACUAUUAAGCAAAUAACAUGCAACAGAAUGGAAAACGGAAUGCUAAACAAUCUCCAACGGCUAGUUGAUUUAGUCACGUCGCAUGUAGCCGUUUAUAGCUGCCUCAGCUCCAGCGCAAUGCAUGCAACGGUUACCACGUCUAAACAGCUCCAGCGCAAUGCAUGUUACGGUUCCCCACGUCCAAACAGCUCCUGCGCAAUGCAUGCAACGGUUCACCACGUCCAAGCUUCAUCCCAGAUACUUGGGAUUUGGCCUUGGGUUCCUCUCCGAGCGUCACGGCCUAUCAAUGCUCCCCCCACCAAGUGGACCCUUGUCCUCAAGGUCCACAGAUGGAAACUGUUCUAGCAACAACUUAGUAUUUUCCCACGUAGCCUCUUCCGCUGGUAGAUGGUUCCACUGAACCAAACUUUCCUCCACAAACUUAUCACCUUGUUUGACCCAGCAAGUAUCAUGGAUACUUUGAGGUUUUAAGAUAACAACCCAAUCAUCUAUAACCGGUGGUAGCUCCUUGGAGGGCGCAGCAAGAUCUCCUACGAAUUUUUUAAGCAAUGAUACAUGGAAGACCGGGUGGAUGUGAGCUCCUUCUGGUAAUUGUAGCUUGUAGGCGAUGAUCCCAACCUUCUGCAGAAUCGAAUAUGGGCCAUAAAAUCGACUGGCCAACUUUUGAUAAGCACAUUUGAAAGCUGAUUGUUGUUGGUAGGGAUGCAGCUUUAGGAACACCAUAUCACUGACGUCGAAUGAAACAUCUCGCCAUUUUUGAUCUGCCGUUUGCUUCACACAGUUAACAGACACCUCAAGGUUAAUCUUGAGUUGGUGAAGCAGCUCAUCUCUAGUUAAGAGACUCUGGUCAACUUCAUGCACCGGUGAUAGGCCGUUUCGAUAGACUGGAAUCGGGGGUGGAAGACGACCAUAAAGCGCCUGGAAGGGAGUCAUCCCUGUGGAUGUAUGGUACGUUGUGGUGUACCAGAACUCAGCCCAAGGAAGGUAGGUGCUCCACUUAUGCGGCCUUUGGUGGACGAAACACCGCAGGUAUUCCUCCACACAACGGUUUACUACUUUCGAUUGGCCGUCGGUUUACGGAUGGUAGGCGGAGCUGAGUUGCAGCUUGGUACCUGACAAUUUGAAGAACUCUUGCCAAAAUUUGUUGAUGAAGAUUGGGUCACAGUCACUGAUGAUGAAUUUGGGCAGACCAUGCAGUUUGAUGACCCCUUCAACGAACUUUUCAGCCACUGUUUUAGUAGUAAAAGGAUUGGUUAAAGGAAGGAAAUGUGCAGACUUACUUAACCUGUCAACUACCACCAAAAUAAUGUUCUUGCCAUGGGAGGUUGGCAGCCCCUCAAUGAAAUCCAAAAUGUUGUCGUCCCAUUCUUGGCACGGAAUGGGCAAUGGUUGUAAAAGCCCUACUAGAGCCAAAGUUUCAGAUUUAAUUCGUUGACAUACUUCACAGUGCUUGACAUAUUCCUAGACCGAUUUAUAUAUAGUGGGCCAAUAAUUGUUGAACCAAUUUUUUGAAUGUCCGUAAGACUCCUGAAUAUCUGGCCUCCUAUCUUCGUAUCAUGCACUUCGUGUAACAGUUUGGCCCGUAAAGUUGGGUUAGAAGGAAUCACUACCUUGCCCUUGAAUAGAAGCGACCCAUUACGCCAAAUGUAGGGGCCUUCUGGUUGGUUAUUGGCUAUGUGGCCCAUGGACUGGAUAUAAGAGUCAUCCGCUGAAGCCUGUUUGAUCUCCUCCCACACAUCCACCUCUGGUAAAAACAUAUGAUGGAGAAUUGGGCUGUUAGGUUUGCAUGAUAGGGCAUUAGCUGCUGAAUUUUCACGACCUGGGCGGUAGAUGAUCUCGUAAUCAUAGCCUAAUAACUUGGUCACGUAUUUUUGUUUCUCUGGAGUGGCCACAUGUUGCUCCAAAAAAUACUUUAGGCUGCGCUGAUUGGUCUGGAUGAAAAAUUUCCUUCCUAGUAGAUAAGGUCGCCACAAGCGUAUUGCCUCCACAAUGGCUAGCAUCUUCUUGGCGUAUGUAGACCAAGAUUUUUUUGAAACCCCAAGGGCCCAGCUUAUAAAUGCAAUAGGCCUGCCUUGUUGGGACAGAACUGCACCAAUCCCUUCUCCGGAUGCAUCCGUUUCAUCGGCGCCGACACUGAAAUGCGCGAGGUAAAUCAUACCAACGGUCCUUCAGCAUUAGAUGCUCCAUUCCAGCAUGACUUGUUGAGGAGGAUAAAGAUGGUUAUGGAGAGGUCUGAUGAGAUUAACAAAGAUCGAGUUACACUCUGCUUGAGGGAGGAAGAAGGUGUCAGGAGAGCUGAAACCAACAUUAGACGGUCCACGAGCUCAUUAGCAGAUCUCUCAGAAAUAUAUGGUAGAGAGGAUGAUAAGAACAGGAUAGUGAAUGCACUGUUGUCAGCUGAUGGUGAGUCUGAUAACCACGCUAUACCUGUUGUUUCUAUUGUUGCCAUGGGUGGGAUGGGCAAGACAACCCUUGCUAAGCUUGUCUAUAACGAUAAGAGAGUGGAACAACAUUUUCAAGUAAGGUCAUGGGUCUGGGUGUCUGAAGUUUAUGAUGAGAUUAGGCUGACAAGAGCAAUUAUCGAGUCUGUAACUGAUCAAAUAUGCAACCUCAGGAAUCCUGAUGAACUUCAGGAUGAACUGAGCAGAGUACUUUCAGGGAAGAGGUUUCUGCUUGUAUUAGAUGAUAUUUGGAACGAGGAUCCGAUCCAUUGGGAAACACUACAAGCAUCCUUAAUUAGUGGAGCAAAAGGGAGCCGAGUCAUGAUCACCACCCGAUACGAGAAUGCAGCAUCGAUCAUGGGCGCACAGCCGUUUCUUCGCUUAGGUGGUUUGGGGAGAAGUGAUUGCUGGGCCUUGUUCUGCCGGCAUGCAUUCUAUGGCUACCAAGCUGCUGCCUCACCAAGCCUGAUAGCAAUUGGUUGGAAGAUUGUGGAGAAGUGCAAAGGUGUGCCUUUGAUGGUGAAGACACUUGGGGGUCUCUUAUCUUCUGAAACCAGUGAAGAAAACUGGGAUGAGAUUUUGACGAGCGAUGUAUGGGAUCUGGACGAGGGUGAAAGAGCAUCCUGAGGGUUCUAAGGUUGAGCUAUCAUCAUUUGCCUGCAGCUCUCAAGCCAUGUUUCACAUAUUGUGCGGUAUUUCCUAAAGGCCAUGAGUUUGAGAUGGAAAGACUGGUCAGGAUGUGGGUAGCACAAGGUUUUAUUCACACAGAGGAUACCAAGGAGAUGGAAGAAACAGGGCGUGCAUAUGUUGACGAUCUACUAAGGAGGUCAUUGUUUCAAGAUCCAUCUCACUUCGAUUAUAAGCUCAAUUUCACAAUGCAUGAUCUCAUCCACGACCUGGUAAAAUCCAUAGCAGGAGAAGAAUGUUCUAUAAAAGAAUAUGCAGAAUCACAAGGCAUUACCUGGAAUAAAUAUGUCCGCCAUUUAUCAAUUCUUGUAAGCAAUGAACUAUCUGUGUCAUUUGAGCAAGGUGAAGAGCAUGAUGCAUUAAGGUCGCUCUUGCUACAUCCAGGUUGGCGCACCAUUUUUCGGCUCGAAAGAGAUUUUUUCGCGAAGCCAAGAUUGCAACAUCUUCGAGUACUCUGUUUAAAUCGCAGUGGAAUCGCCGAGGUGCCAGAUGCAAUAGGCAACCUAAAACAAUUGAGAUAUCUUGGCCUCUCUGCUACAAGGAUUAAAAGGUUGCCAGAAUCUUUGUGCAACCUGUAUAACUUGCAGACGCUUGACCUCCAAUUUUGCAACAGCCUUGUGGAGUUGCCAAGAGAUAUCAAGCAUUUGAUUAACCUGCGUCACCUUGUUAUCCACAAUAAAUUUACUGCUCCAAGUUUUGUGAGUUUUUUUUUCCGGGGUGAGAAACUUAUGUUACCACCAGGCAUUGGAAGACUAACUAGACUCCAGACACUACCACUGUUCGCUGCGAGCGGAGAGGAAAGAUAUGCUGGGAUCGCAGAACUGAAGGACUUGAAUGAUCUCCAAGGAAAGCUUUCCAUAGUGGAUCUCCAUAACAUAACGCAUGACCGCAUAGGUGAAGCCAAGGAGGCAAAACUAGGGCUCAAGGAACGCCUCAGCUGGUUGGUUCUAAAAUGGGACAAUUCUAUGAGUUUUAUUGGCUCAAGGAAUGAGGAUGAUGAGGUGGUGCUUGAAAGUCUCCAGCCUCACACCACCAUCCAGCGCCUCGAGAUAGAAGGAUACAAGUGGUGCAGAUUUCCCACCUGGUUGGGGAAUCCUUCCUUCUCAAAUGUAGUAGAUAUACAGCUUUCACAUUGUGUCAGCUUGGAGCAGCUCCCAGCUCUUGGCCAGCUUCCAUCCCUCAAGGUUCUCGAAGUGUUCAGCAUGCAGAGUUUGCGACGAAUAGGCCAUGAGCUCUAUGGAGACACAAAGGUGACAUUCCCCUCACUCCAAAGACUACUACUCAAAAUGUUGCCAAAAUGGGAAGAAUGGUUGCAUGUACCCGAAGAGGGACAUGCAUUUCCUUGCCUUCAGAAUCUUGCAAUCUUGAAAUGUCCAAAAAUUACAUCGCUGUCUUUGUUCGGCUUUACUGCGCUGAAGAAGCUUCAGAUAGAUCAGUGCGAAAAGCUUGCAGUGAUCAAUGGUUUAGAUAAGUGUUGGUCAGUGUUGAAACAGAAGCAUGACCAGCCAUAUUCAGAAUCUUUAAGAUGUGGAACAUGUCCAGACCUUGAAUAUUUGGCAGAGCAACGGUUACCGAUGGCACUUGAGACUCUGGAUAUUACUGGAUGCCCAUCAUUAAUCAUGUCGUGAAUUAGUUAUGCUAAAGAGCUAUCAAAAUCCUCAUGACUUAGGAAGAAUUUGGACAAGAGCAAAAGAUUAUAACCUCAGAGAAAUUCCUGAUGCAAGUGCAUAUAUAACCUGUGUGCCAGGACCUUGUGGCCUCUCUUGUGUUCUGAUAUGGAUUGGUCCACAUAAGAUAAGAGGCGUGCAGUCUCACUAGAAGAGGCUGUGAUUACAAUAAGUGGAACCCCGAAAGUAAUUGGUUGAGAAGAUCAAAUGAUGGCUGUCCUAAUCAGUUAAAUUGUAGUGUUUGUGAUGUAAUUUAGUAAGGAAUGAUUCUGCUCGGAGUCAUGUACAUGUUUUAUGUGCCCUUAACAGUUCUUUAUUUUCAAGAUCUCAAUUCAUUAGCCAAUCA